CCCUGUGUCGCAAGCGUUUGCCUGGUCACGUGUUCGUAAAAAUAAAAAACAUGGAGGAGUUUUAUAAGACAGGCACGAAAAGACCAAGUUUUAAUGGUAAUAGAAAGAGAGCUCAUCAAUGGACUGAGAGAAAUGAAAGAGCAUCAGCCACAAGAGUGUUCACUCUGCCUUCUCCUGCUAGCGGUGUCGAGGUAGUCUACACGAAAUGCCCGGAUGAUGCAGAUUUGUGGAUACACAAAAACAUAAACUCGUCUACCGUUGCUAUCGGCAUGGAUAUUGAAUGGAGACCACAGUUUAUUCCAAAUAAAUUAGGAGGAAAAGAAAACAAGACAGCUACACUACAGUUGGCAGUAAACCACUCCUGCCUUGUGUUGCAUCUAUUUCAUAUGCGUUUGGACUUGUUGCCUCGCUCCUUGUUGAAUGUGUUGGGUAAUAUCAGAAUACUUAAAGUAGGUAGUGGUAUUUCGGGAGAUGCAGUAAAACUUUUGCGUGAUACAAAUAUUUUGUGUAACGGGAGAUCAGACAUCCAAGUUUAUGCCAAAGUUCUUGCUUUAAACCAAGAUGGGACUGGUUUGAAAAAACUUGCCAAAACGAUUUUGGGAAUUGAGCUUGAUAAACCAAAGAACAUAUCCCUGAGCAACUGGGAGCUGUUCCCUUUAACAUAUAAACAAGUCUCCUAUGCCGCUCUUGAUGCCUGGGUGAGUUUUAAGCUUUUUGUCGAGCUGAAACAAAGACUACACAAAUCUGGACUUGUGCGAAAAACUGGUGAACAACACUUGAUAGAAACAGGUGUUCCCAUGGGUAAGAAAGCAGAGGCUAUGGUAAGCUGCAAGUCUUGUGGCAAGAAAUACAAGAGUAAAGCAGCCCUGUUGGAGCACAUUGAGGUCAAAAGUCAUCAAAGUCAUGUAGUUGAUGAUACGACAGAGAAGGAGGAAUCGCAUUCCAGAGACUUUGUAACUCAGCUGAAUGAACCAAAAGCUGAGCCACCCUUAGGACAUGUAGAUUGUAAAAAGUGUGGGAAGCUUUUUUUAAACAAAGUAUCUAAGAAUCACAAGAGAAGGUGCAAAGGAAAAGGGGAAAGUGGAGAAUUAUGAAGUUUUGGGAAAUUGGUAGUGAUCUAUUUAAUUAUCUCAAUUAAACAAUUUCUCUUGUGAACAGAUUCAUUCCUUUUGGCUUAUCUCCUCUGCUCAAGGGAAUUUUAAAAUUAUAUCCAUAGAUGUUGAUUCUUAUGCAUUUUAAUCAAACCUGUUUUUAUACA